CUCUGGGAAAACAAAAAGUUCAUUGAGAAACUGUUUGCAAUUACAUUGGAUGAGCCCCACCGCAUCAGUGAGUGGGGGGACUCAUUCUGUCCUGAGUAUGGAGACAUAGGGAAUCUCAGGUGGAUACUUCCAGCACACAUACCGGCUACAAUGCCUCCUCACAUCCUCCAGGAUGUGAAGAGGAAGCUCCAAAUCCAAAGUGAUGCUGUCAAAAUCAUCCGUUCAAAUGACUGA